GCCAAAGUAGCAGGACCAUCCACCCAUGAGAUGCACACACUCUGUGUGUAAAGAACAACUCCCAACUCUCCUGCAAGUACAGACCCUGACUUUCAUCGGGCCAACACCGUGGUGGGAGAAAGCCACGUAGUGGACUGGAAAAGGCACGAGACAAGAACAGGAGAUUCCUCCGUUAAAGCAAUGCAGAACUCAAGUGUAUUGACCACUUCUGCUGUCACAUAUGGUGAUUCACAUGUCUUCCAGGAAAGUGUGUAUACAUAUAAUUAUACCCACUUCGAUGAGCAUGAUUCCCCCUGCAUCACAGAUCUCUGGUCGAAAAGGCUGGACAUGGUCUACCUACUACUCAACAGCCUUACUUGUUUGUUGGGGGUCAUAGGCAAUGGACUAGUCAUUUUCCUCACAGGCUUCCGAAUGAAGAAAACAAUCAAGACCUUUUUCUUCCUCAACUUGGCCAUUGCUGACUUCACCUUUGCUUCCUACCUAUCACUGAACAUUGCCUAUGUAGCCCUGGAUUUCCAUUGGCCAUUUGGCAGCAUCAUGUGCAAGCUCAAGAACUCCAUGACGUUGCUUAAUCUCUACUCCAGCGUUUUCUUCCUCAUGGUCAUCAGCAUAAAUCGUUUUAAGACUGCGAGGAAUCCUCUGUGGGCUCAGAAUUACCAGACACCCCGGUGUGCUCUGUUUGUCGCCUUGGGUGUUUGGAUCCUGUCUCUGGUCUUGUCUUCUCCAUACAUCUACUACAAUGAAAUUGUAUCAGGCCCACAUAAUGUGACUCGGUGCAUUACCAGUUAUGGGCACACACAGGAACAAGCAACACAUACCAUCUAUGCUAUAUUUAUCAGCCGGUUCAUCCUCGCCUUUAUCAUUCCUUUCAGUGUCAUCACUGCCUGUUACAGGGCAAUGGUCUCGAGGCUCCGGGGAAGACAACUUGCGCAAUCAAGAAAACCCUUCAAAGUCAUUGUAGCAGUGACUGUGGUCUUCUUUGUCUGUUGGUUCCCCUAUCACUUCUUUUCUUUCUUUAUUCUACAACACUCAGGAAAUUGUGAGCUGCUCUUGGUGUCCUUUAUUACAAAUUACUUAAGUUGUUGCUUGGCUUAUUUCAAUAGCUGUCUCAAUCCCAUCAUAUACAUCUUCAUGGGGCAUGGUUACAGGAAGUGGCUUGGGUGGUCCCUCCUUUCUGCAAUGGAGAAUGCCUUCAGUGACGAUAACAUCUCUAGAAGAACAAAUGCCAAGGACCACUUCCCAACAAUGCAGGAGGAGUCCACGGACCUAUGAAACCACUGCUUUCCACAUAACCAACCAAGUCAAGAUCUCCCACUGAAUUAGCCAACCACAUGGCCAACCAAGUCAAGAUUCUCCCACUAAUAAUAAUAACAACAACAACAACUGUAGUCGAGAAGAAAGAAAAACAAGUUAAAAUAAUCGACAUAGCAAUACCAGGGGAUAGCAGAAUAGAAGAAAAAGAAAUAGAAACAGAUCUGCAAAUUGAAAUUGAAAGGCUGUGGCAGAAAAAGACCAAAAUAAUCCCAGUGGUAAUUGGUGCCCUAGGUGCAAUUCCAAAACAACUUGAAGAGCACAUCAACACUAUAGGGGCCACAGAAAUCACCAUCAGCCAAUUACAAAAAGCAACUUUACUGGGAACAGCCUAUAUUCUGCGACGAUAUCUAUAACAACAGCAACAACAUUGACAAUAAAAUUCAGCCAUCCUAGGUCCUUGGGAAGGACUCGAUGUCUGGAUAAAACAAACCAGUCAAUAACACCUGUCUGACUGUGUCAACAACAACAAUAAUAAUACCAACUUUGUCUGCCUACAAAUAUAAGAGGGCUCAAGCCUUUCCCUCCAAGUCUCAUCAUCUAGCUACCAGUCCUCCCCUCUCCAAUGCCAGGCAUGUUUGCAUGAGAUAUGCUGCAUUACUGCCGAGAUGUAAACACUCUGCACAUGCCCUGGAAUGUUCUCUGUUCUGCAAGCUUUAGAGACACUUGUUCUUGAUUCUCCAUUUCGCAUGAAAAUAUCAAGUAUAAAGCUGAACUCUGUGAGUUGUAUCCAAAGGAAGUGAAUCCUAACUAAACCCCAUUGAAAUAAAUUGAGACAAGUCCAUUGUCUCCCUAACUGGGCAAAGAGGCACCUUUUUAAAGUGGUGAUUCUCUUUGUUUAGCAGGGGGAGAGCAACUGACACCAUCCAGCUCCCAGCACAUCAUCCCUCCAGUGCCUGUUGCUGGUGUUCCUUUUUAGAUUGUGAACCUUUUGAGGACAAGGAGUCAUCUUAUGUAUGUCUUAUUUCUCUAUGUAAACCGCUUUGGAAACAUUUGUUGGAAAGGGGUAUAUAAAUAUUUGUAGCAGUA